CGGUGGUUAAGCCUAGGGCAGCCACUCCCUUUGGCUGCUUCGGAGUUGGGCUGCUCCGGCCGAGCGAGCAGUGCCGGGCUGCGCAUCUGCGGAAAGGAAGCGACGCGCCGCUGCUGGAGUUGAGCGGAAAGCCGCUUUUCAGCUCUCCGCUCCGGAGUGGCGCUGCGAUGACUUCGCGCAGGUGGUUUCACCCAAAUAUCAAUGGCAUCGAAGCAGAGAAGCUGUUGCUUACCAGAGGCGUCCACGGGAGCUUCUUGGCACGGCCUAGCAAAAGCAACCCUGGAGACUUCACCUUAUCAGUCAGGAGAAACAACGAGGUGACCCACAUCAAAAUCCAGAACAGCGGGGACUAUUACGACCUCUACGGAGGAGAGAAAUUUGCCACCUUAGCAGAGCUGAUCCAGUAUUACACUGAGCAGCAGGGACUGUUACGGGAGAAGAACAGCAAUGUCAUUGAGCUGAAAUUCCCUCUGAAUUGCCAGGAUCCGACCUCGGAGAGAUGGUACCAUGGCCAUCUGACGGGCAAAGAGGCUGAGAAUCUCCUAACCGAGAAAGGCAAGCCAGGAAGCUUCCUGGUACGGAGCAGCCAAAGCAAGCCAGGCGACUUUGUUUUGUCAGUGCUGACGAAUGAGGACAAAGCGGACACGGGGGAUCGGAAGCCCCGGGUGACUCACAUCAUGAUCCGCUAUCAGCCAGAUGGAAAAUAUGAUGUGGGAGGCGGCGAGCGUUUUGACACCCUCACGGACUUGGUGGAGCACUAUAAGAAGAACCCGAUGGUGGAGAAAUCUGGGGCAGUUGUACACCUGAAACAGCCUUUCAAUGCCACCCGAAUCAUUGCGGCCAACAUAGAGAACCGAGUGAAAGAGUUGAACAAGAUGGCGGACCACAGCGAGAAGGCCAAGCAAGGAUUCUGGGAGGAGUUUGAGAUGUUACAGCAGCAAGAGUGCAAAUUCCUGUAUCCCAGAAAAGAAGGACAGCGGCCAGAAAACAAGGCAAAGAACCGCUAUAAGAACAUCCUCCCUUUUGACACAACCCGUGUGGCCCUCCGUGAAGUGGACCAGAGCGUCCCGGGUUCCGACUACAUCAAUGCCAAUUAUAUCAAGAACAUUCUCGAAGACGGGCAGAGCUCUGAACAUAGCAAAGUCUACAUUGCCACCCAGGGCUGUCUACAAACUACCGUCAAUGACUUCUGGGCCAUGGUUUACCAGGAGAAAACGCAUGUCAUUGUCAUGACGACCAAAGAAGUAGAACGAGGGAGGAAUAAAUGUUUCCGGUACUGGCCAGAUAAAAACUGCACCAAAGAAUAUGGGCACACCAGCGUGAGGAACAUCAAUGAGCACGAAGCUCAGGGUUAUCACGUCCGGGAGCUAGAGAUUGCACGGACGGAUAGGGAAGAGCGAUCCAGGCAGAUUAAGCACUUUCAGUACUUCAGCUGGCCGGAUCACGGGGUCCCGAAUGAGCCUGGAGGGGUCCUCAGCUUUCUGGAUCAAGUCAACAGAGCCCAAAGGAGCGUUCCAGACCCGGGGCCCAUUGUUGUGCACUGCAGUGCUGGAAUAGGACGCACAGGCACAAUCAUCGUGAUAGACAUCUUGGUAGACACGAUUCACAGACAAGCAGGCUUGGAUUGUGACAUUGACAUCCCAAAGACCAUCCAGAUGGUGCGACGGCAGCGAUCAGGAAUGGUGCAGACGGAGGCGCAGUACAAGUUUGUCUACAUGGCUGUCCAGCAUUACAUCGCAACGGAGCAGAAGGAGCUGGAGGAGCGACAGAGAACCAUGAGGAAGGAGAAAGAAUAUUUGAAUAUCCGGUAUCCACCAGCGGAGAAACCGAGAACCAAAGGACGGCCCCCUUCGCCACGGGUCCCGAUGGGGGUUGAUGAUGAAUCAGCCUCUGUAUACGAGAACUUCAAUGUCAAAGCGCCAAAGGUCUCAGGGAUAAGUAACUCGGGGCGAUAGCCACUUAGGAACGGAGCAGAUGCUGGUGGCUAGAAAUGAGGAUCCAUCGAGGGGUUACAGCCGUACCUUUGCAAGAACCUGCCCUUUACCACGCAUUGCUUGUUUUGUCGCCAGGCCUGGCUGUCCUCAAGUGCAUCUUGGAUUCUACCCAGAAAAAAAAGGAAGCUCCAAAAAAUUUUAUAAGCUGCCUGUCAUUGAGGUGGACGAUCCGCUCUUCAGGGACAAAAUGUGGCCUAAUUUACUCAGGAGAAAGAGAGCAGAAAAAGCUGCUGAUCCAACCUUGUAUGGAUUGCCUGGAGCUGAUCUGGAAGUGCCUCUAGAUGUUUAUGAAUCUUGUUUUACUUUGUUUCAUUUAUAUAUAUAUAUAUAAAGCACAGUAAGUUAAUAAAUGCCUUUUUCUUGCUGUUGUUAAAAGGAUGCUUAAAAAGCAAAGAAACAAAAGAGAAACGAGUGUGGUGUUGUGAACGAACACUAAAGCUGGGAGUGGAAGAAGCAGACUCUCUGACACCAUUGGGUCCCUCUCUGACCAGAGAAGCUGCAGUCCCUGAAAUUCCCUCUUUCAGCCCGCUACCGAAGGACCCCCUGCCCUCUCCUUCACAAACUCAUCCCCUAAUCCUUCCACUCUUUUCAGCUAAGUCGUGUUCCAUCUUCCCAGUCUCCUUUGCAAGGUGGAACCCAGGAGAAGCCCACCAAACCGGGAUGGGGAGAAGACCACCACACAACCCCAUUUAUAUAAAACUGAAAUGUUUAUUAACGCAUAUAAAAUUAAAUAGAUCCUUUGUUUUUCUCCAA